AUGGAGAAAGCUUAUGAUAGGCUGGAGUGGAAUUUUAUUUAUGCAAUGCUCCAGCACUUAGGUUUUAGUAUGGUUUGGAUUAAUUGGAUUCGUGCUUGUCUGUCUUCUGUCUCCUUUUCGGUUUUGGCUAAUGGUAUUCCUGGUGAUAGAUUUUUUCCAUCUAGGGGAAUUCGUCAGGGUGACCCUUUAUCCCCUUAUUUGUUUAUCUUGUGUGCAGAGUUAUUAGCUAGGCAAUUCCACCACAAUAGCAUGACUAAUGACAAAUUAGUGGGGGUUUCGAUAGGAAAGUCUGGAGUAAAAGUUCAUUUCUUAACUUUCGCAGAUGAUACCAUGAUAUUUGCUAAGGCAAACAAGGAUAGUUGCGUGCUGAUUAAAUCCAUUUUAGAUAAAUAUUGCUCCAUGUCGGGUCAAUUAGUCAAUUUUAACAAAUCAGCAUUUCAAUGUACUGCCAAUGUUUCUGAUUCGGAGAUAGAGGUUUUCCAAGAAAUAUUAAAUAUGGAUUACUCAUCCUCUCUGGAUAGCUAUUUAGGUUGUCCCAUUAUUGAUCGUCGGGUUACUAAAGAAACUUUUAUGCCUAUUGUGAAUAAAGUUCAAGCUCAAUUACCAAAAUGGAAGGCGAAUUCCCUUUCUCAGGCUGGUAGAGCGGUCCUAAUUCAGGCAAAUCUGGCCACUAAAGCUAAUUACCAGAUGCAAAGUUUCUUGCUUCCGAAAACUAUUUUAAAUAAGCUUGAUAGUAGCUAUCGUAAUUUUUUCUGGAAUAAAGAAAAUCAAUCUAAGUCACCCAAUUUGAUAGGGUGGGAUCGUAUUUGCACUCCUAAACCUUUUGGAGGUCUAGGAUUUAGAAAAGCUGAUGUUAACAAUAUUGCUCAUCAAAUGAAACUUCUUUGGAGAUUGCUUAAAAAUGAUAAUAAUUUAUGGGUUAUUUUGGCGAAAAGAAAAUACUGCAAAAAUAGAGACUUUUUGAAUUAUAAAGUUUCUCCGAACUCUUCUUGGCAAUGGAAAAAGCUUAUGUCUCUAAGACCACUAUUUCGAUCAGGACUUAGAUGGCAAGUUGGAAUUUGUAUUUUGAUUUCCCAAAUCUUCAUCCCCACUAAUGAUGUUGAUGAUGAGGUUUUCUGGGGUCCGGCGGGUGAUGGUAUCUAUUCUGUUAAGUCUGGUGCUAGGCAUCUUAUUGAUAAUAAAAUUGGUUCUCAAGAUCAGUGUCGUUUUGUUGUUGAUCUUUUCCUUCAAUUAGAGGAAGACUGCGACUGGCCUCAAAUUCCAGUGGCAAUGUCUUUUGUUUUGUUCCGACAAAAUCUUCAAGUUUGUAUAGAUAAGUUAGGAAUGGAUAAAACGUGCCAACUAGCCAUGGGUUGGUGGUUUGUGUGGUUUGCUCGUAAUAAAAUUAUUUUCUCCGAGGAGGCUUUUUCGGUAAGACAACUUAGUUGUCUUAUUGUGAAAUUUGCCAAUGAGUGGAAUCUUUGUAAAAUUUCCCAAGAUAAUAUGGUGCCUUCCAAGAUCAACCUUUCGAACCAAGUUUUGAUUUCGGGCAGUCGGUCCAAGAGUUGGGUCCCUCCUCCUCAAGGCUUUUUUAAAAUAAAUUUUGAUGGGUCUAAAUACCAAGAUGGGAGGGCAGCCUUUGGUUUUGUGAUUAGAAACUACCUUGGUGAUGCUAUCUUAGCGGGUUGCAAUUCAGUGCCUGCAGAUUACUCUAUUGUCCAGGCUGAGGCUGCGGGUCUUCGGGAAGCUAUCACAGCAGCUCGCUUUCUUAAUCUGGAAAAUAUUCUUAUUGAAGGAGAUAAUCUUUCUGUGAUCAAUUCUCUUCUUAAGAUUUGGAAGCCCCCUUGGUCAAUUAAUGCUAUUCUUUCUGAUGCAGGGCUCGAAUUAUCCAAAUUUCGAGGGUUUUCUAUUGCGCAUUGUUUCCCGGAGGCUAAUCGGGCAGCAGAUUUUAUGGCUCAUGAAGGUCACAGAGCGACCAACCUCAUCUACAAGUUUCCUCCUUACUCUUUGGAUUUUUCUCUUGUCAUCCGCAAGGAUGUUUUAGGCUGGCCUCCAGAUUAG